UCGCCGGCGCUCGGGCCGCGUCCAAGCAGCAGCGGUGUCUGGAGCCCGCGACUACCUCGAGGCUUUGGUUGCUAUGGUGACCGCUCUGGGCGCUUGGUGGGACUCUUUCCGCUGCAAGCCCCACCCAGACCCCGCCCCAGACGUCCAGGAUUCGUCAGAUGCCCGCCGGUCCCGCGUGGCGCUCGUUGCCUUGGUGAUCUCUGCCGCCCUCUCUGCCAGACCAAGCCGCGCGGAACCCCGAACCUCCCAAGCCGCUGCGGGACUCUCUGGAAGGAUGAAGUCCUCCCUGAUGCCUUUGGGGCCCCCUGUGAGCCGGGACCGCAUCAUCGCCAGCUUCCCUAAGUGGUACACACCUGCCGCCUGCCUGCAGCUUAAGGAGCACUUCCACGGGCAGGUCAAUGCCACCUGCCAGCGCAGAAACACGGGGACUGUCGGGCUCAACCUCUCCAAGGUGGUUGUCGUUGGCGACCUCUACGUGGGCAAGACCAGCCUCAUCCACAGGUUUUGCAAAAAUGUCUUUGACCGUGACUACAAGGCCACCAUCGGGGUAGACUUUGAAAUCGAGCGCUUUGAGAUCGCUGGGAUCCCCUACAGCCUCCAGAUCUGGGACACAGCAGGGCAGGAGAAGUUCAAGUGCAUCGCAUCUGCCUACUACCGGGGUGCCCAGGUGAUCAUCACAGCCUUUGACCUCACUGACAUGCAGACUCUGGAGCAUACCAGGCAGUGGCUAGAGGAUGCUCUGAGGGAGAAUGAGCCGGGCUCCUGCUUUGUGUUCCUCGUGGGAACCAAGAAAGACCUUCUGUCAGGCGCGGCAUGCGAGCAGGCGGAAGUGGAAGCCGUCCACCUGGCCAAUGAGAUGCAGGCCGAGUACUGGUCGGUGUCAGCCAAGACGGGGGAGAAUGUGAAGGCCUUCUUCAGCCGCGUGGCUGCCCUGGCGUUUGAGCAGUCGGUGCUGCAGGACCUGGAGAGGAGGAGCAGCGCCUGGCUCCAGGAAUGGAGGGAAGUCUACCAGAGACUCAGGCGAGCAAGAGACCCUCCAGCCUGGGUUGCUGUUAGCUGGGACUGCCUCAGAGGCCUCCAUACCCCACACAUGCAUGGGCAGCGCCUUCUGUUACUGUGGAGGGGUGACGUGGAGCCCGGGUCCUGUGACGUGUCUGUCCACCCACUAUGCUGAGCCCCAGCGCUCAGCCACUUCUCUUUAGUGAGCAGGGAGCCAGGAAAGGCUCAGCUGUCCAGCUGGUGGGGGCACUGCGAUGAUGAUUUGGAAGGCCAGUCUCACCUGCAGAGUCACCAGUCACCCCAGCCUUCAGAGGCCUCAGGACUGCAGACAUAGAACAGUUGUGCCCAUGGCCCAGUCCCUUGCCCUUGGCACGUGUCGGCAGUCUACCCAGGGACGCCCAGCUUUCCCAGCUCUUUCGUGUCAGUCUCCGAAUCCUUCUCCGAAUCCUUCUCCUCUCAGCGGCCCAGGCAAGCUAGGCUUGUCAGAGUCAGCACAUGAGGGAGCGCUCACCUGCCAUCCCUGCCUGGGACUUCCAUGUUUGCAACGGGACUCACAGUUCUGCACCUCCCUGUCUACGGUCUCUCUGCCACAGUCUUGUGGGGGCCCCUCGGUAGCUCUGCCUGGCUGGAGGAGGAUGGACGAGAUGGUCUCUCCAGCCCCUUCUGGCUGAGAAGCCAUCUCUGGCUCCUCCUCAAUCCCUGGAGUCCUGCCCUCCGGUCAGUGGGUGAAGACCACAGAACAGGCCACUUGUGCCCCUCUGGCCCACCUGGACGAUGAAUUCCUCCAGCCAUGCUGUGAGAAGAAGACUGUCCAGCUGCCCUGAGGUAACUUGCUGCUACAUCCCUUGAGCAUGGCACUGCCCUGCUCUGCCCCCCGGCAACAGUCACCCAGACUCUGCUGGACCGUUGCCCGCACCACCCCUCUCUCCCACCAGCCGGCAUAGGAAGGGUCCGGGAAUGAGAAAGCGCUGAGCACCUACAUGCCUCUCAGGACCCUUGUGAUGGCAUCCACAUUUCUUUGGAGGACAUAGGAGACCCUCCAGAGUCUAGCAUGCUCCUGUCUCCACCCCCCAUCCUUCACACCCAGACAGGCAGGAACAGUCCAGGACCCCCCUCCAUGCCCUCAUGGUGCUCCUCCAUGGGGGCGAUUAACUGCCCCCCACCGCCCCCCAUUCCUGCAGCCCCAGGUGUGUGCCCACUCACCCCUGCUCACCUCGUGCCAUAGGCAGGCGGGCACAUCUGGACGUGUCCCACCAGCUUCUCACAGAGGGUGAGCAUUUUUCAGGCAGCCGUUGUCGUUAGUGCCGUCGCCCAGCACCCCAGACAGUGCCCCGUGUGCUGCAGGGGCUCACAGUGACUGCCAGAUCUCGAUGAGCAGGGCAAGAACACUGGUACUUCUUCUGUUCCUUCCCUCUUCGCCACAUUUUUAGCUCUUUUUUUAUAUAUAGAUAUAAAAUACUUCUUUGUAUAAAUCACUCUUAAAGAAAUUAUGUGCUUAUUGUAAAACAAAACAAAAAGAUAGUACAGAGCUUUGUAAUACAAAGUGAAGGUCCCCUUCUAGUCGGUGGCACUCCUGGAAGUAAGUGUUGUUCACAGGCGGUAGGACUCCUUCCAGGCUGUUCCCAUGUGAGCACAGCCAUGAUGAUUGUUGGCUUGUUUGUUGUGUAACCAGAAUGACCUCCCCCCACACAUGCUGCCUGGCGCUCCUGUUCUUAAUGACUGCAGAAGCCCUCCCCACAUACUAAGCCUGCACGUUCCUAUAGCAGCUGCGUUUUCCUUCAUGUGGAUGGAACAGAGUCCAUUUACUCUGCCCGUAUGUGGGACAUUCGGUUUGUUUUGGCUGUUACCAAAGGUGCCGCAGUGGCCAUCCUUGCAGUUACAGCUUUGCACACUCAGGCACACUUUGGAGGCCUCUCUUCCCCAAAGAGGCCUUGCUGGUCUUGUGUAGACUGUGGCUGCAGCUUGGUCCACUAGACAUGAUCUUGAGCAGGCUGCCCUGGGGGUGCAUUAGGACCGGGUUUGCAGCACACGAGAGAAUGUCACAGGAUGGGAGAGCCUGGCCACAGUGGGCUGGCGCUCUCCACGCUCCCUCUCCUCUCCCCUUCAGGCCCGAAAAUUGGGGACAAUCAUGGCGUCCUGCUGUUACUAGCUCCUGAGCUAGAACCACACUGUCUCACGUGCACCCACCCUCUGUAAAUGGCCCUUUAUUAAACUCUCCUCGUGUUG